AUGUCGAUCCUUUGUGGCCUCCCUCUCCUCGAGUGUGUUUACUGUCUAGCCUGUGCUCGCUGGGCGUGGAAACGAUGUCUCCACACUGCAGGCCAUGACAGUGAGACUUGGGGCCUUGCCAGUGCUGAAGAAAUCGAACCUAUCCCUAGGCUCUGCCGGUACAUACUGGCUGUGUACGAAGAUGAUCUUAGGCAUCCCCUUUGGGAACCUCCUGCUGGGUAUGGAAUCGAUCCAGAUUGGUUAAUUUUGAAAAGAACUUAUAAAGAUACUCAUGGACAGCAUGCUGAUAUAGUUCUUGCUAUUAGAGGCCUUAAUAUGGCAAAGGAGAGUGAUUAUGCAGUUUUACUUGACAAUAAGCUGGGGCAAAGGAAAUUUGAUGGUGGAUAUGUUCACAAUGGGCUGUUAAAAGCAGCUGGGUGGGUGUUGGAUGCAGAGUGUGAGACUUUGAAGGAAUUGGUGGAGAAAUACCCAAAUUACACUUUGACAUUUGCGGGACAUUCCCUUGGGUCAGGUGUGGCAGCAUCAUUGACAAUGGUGGUGGUGCAGAAUCGCGAUAAGCUAGGGAAUAUUGACAGGAAGAAGAUCAGAUGUUAUGCUAUUGCACCAGCCAGAUGUAUGUCACUGAAUUUGGCAGUGAGAUAUGCAGAUGUCAUCAAUUCUGUUGUGCUUCAGGAACGUAUGCACAGAAUCUCUAUUUGUAGAUCCCCCUAUACUGGAAGUUGGUGGGAUUUCCUCAUUAACAAUGUAAUGUUAGCUGACAUAGCAAGGAUUGGACGUGUUUUAUGCACGGGUUGCUAUCAGAAUAGUACUCAAAAUCAGCACAUUGUGAGGAAUUUGAAUUUGCCAGAUUGUGUUGUCUUUGCUGAUGAGAUGCUGAGAAAUGCUAUGGCAGAUUAUUCUGAUGACUUCUUGCCUCGGACGGCCACCCCUUUGGAAGACAUUUUCAAGUCACUUUUCUGUAACAGCCCUAGGCCCGGCAUCAAGCAAAAUCCUAUGGCCUCAGGGGUGGGCAUGGGUCGGGAGGCCAACCCUGCCCAGGAUAUAGAUCAGGGCUUGGGCAAAAAAUUGCUCCAUCACCAUUUUGAUUUGCCGUGCUUAUUAUGCCUAAGAUGCAUGAGAGAUACAUGCAUACCUGAGCAGAAGAUGCUAAAAGAUCCAAGGAGGCUUUAUGCUCCUGGCCGCCUCUAUCACAUUGUUGAGAGAAAGCCUUUCAGGUGUGGAAGAUUUCCCCCUGUGGUGAGGACAGCAGUUCCCGUUGACGGGAGAUUCGAGCACAUAGUUCUCUCAUGUAAUGCCACUUCUGACCAUGGCAUCAUUUGGAUAGAGAGGGAAGCCCAAAGAGCUCUGAAUCUACUUCACGAGAAAAAUAAUAUUAUGGAGAUACCUGCAAAACAGAAGAUGGAGCGGCAGGAGACUUUAGCCAGGGAGCACAGUGAAGAAUACAAGGCUGCGCUGCAGAGGGCAGUGACAUUGAAUGUACCCCAUGCCUAUUCACCUUCUCCAUAUGGAACUUUUAAUGACCAAGAGGAAGGGGAGGAUUCCCAUAAAUCAAGUUCAGAUACUUCCACGGGGUCGUCCAAGAGAAGUAAGAAGAGGGAAAGCUGGAAUGAACUGAUUGAGCAUCUUUUUGAUAAGGAUGAGUCUGGUCAUAUAGUGCUGGAGAAGUCACAUAAGGGCUAA